AUGUUCGAAGCCAAUAGUGAAUCUUAUUUAGCGACACUGAGCUCAACUGCUUCAUAUUCUAAUGGUCUUGGUUCAGAAAAUGGUUAUGAACAACAUCCGUUAUCAACUAAUCUUUAUAAUCAACUAUCACAUUCGUAUGCACUAUCAUCAACAUCAAACACUAAUUCUGAUACAGCGAUGAAAAUGGAAAAAGAUCUUAUUUACAGUCAUCCGUUAUUUCCGUUAUUGGCUGUUAUAUUUGAUAAAUGUGAAUUAGCAACGUGUUGUUCCAGAGAAUCAGGAAAUUCAAAUUAUGUCUGUUCAUUAUCGUCAUUUAACGACGAUAUUAAUGAAUUUACAAAACAGUUGAGAAAAGAAUGUUCUUCAUAUUCAUCGACCGACGAAUUAGAUAAUUUGAUGAUACAAGCAAUCCAAGUACUUCGAUUCCAUUUACUUGAACUUGAAAAAGUACACGAAUUGUGUGAUAAUUUUUGCCAACGUUAUAUAGGUCUGUUAAAGGGCAAAAUGCCUAUGGAUAUCGUGUUAAACGAUCGAGAUACGAGUUUUUCGAAAUCAGACGAUGAACAAAGUCAAGAUGGAUCAAAAGCAAGUGACGACUUUGAAGAUAUUAAACCGGUGCGUCCAUCGUCCAGGUGUUCACUGACACCCACAAAACAUAAUAUUGUUAGUCACAUUCAACAACAACAUUCAACCGGCUUGUCUAUACAAGAAAGAAUAACACCUAGGCCAAGUCCAAAUAGCAUCAAUUUAGUUUCCCAUUACACUGAUAAUAUUAGUGAAGUGGAUAAGAACAGUGAAAAUUUAGAAAGUUCAAUUUGUUCUGGAGAUGGUGAAGAAGAAAACGAUGAUUUAACAAAACGAAGGCAGAAAAAACGUGGUAUUUUUCCAAAGUCAGCCACUAAUAUCAUGCGAGCAUGGCUAUUUCAACAUUUGAGUCAUCCUUAUCCAUCUGAAGAACAGAAAAAGUUAUUAGCUACUGAAACAAAUUUAACAAAUUUACAAGUGAACAAUUGGUUCAUCAAUGCACGACGGAGAAUCGUUCAACCAAUGAUUGAUCAAUCAAAUCGCGCUGUAAUUACACCUGAAUACAAUGACUUUUUAACAAAUAAUCCGUAUAUUCCUGACGCUUUUUUUGAUGCUUCUCGUCAAUAUGCUUAUCAAACAGAAGAUUUACAGAAAUUGUUAAGAGCAUUAAGUCAUCGUUACAUCAAAGUGUUUGAGAAUUCAAAAGAAGACGAUGAAUAUGAACCAGAACAAUGA